AUGGCUCUUAAGGCAAUGUCAAUGCUCUCCAAAGGAAAGAAGAAUAUUGAUGCGAUGAUAAUCAAUGUCAAUUCACCGGAUGCACAUUGUUUUGAACUCUUGGUCCAAGCUGCGGCCUUGAAUAUAGUCUCACUCUUUGUAUGUGAUGAACACAAUGAAGUCUUAGCAAAAAAGGCUUUUGACAAUGGAGCUUACCUUUACAUCAAAAAGCCACUUGAUGAAGUAAUUGUGAAACACUUGUGGCAAUUUGUAUUGAGGGAAAAAAUACAAAGAGAGAAACUGAUAAAAGGACAAGCAGGAAAGGAGAAUAUGCCUAUUACUACUGAGGAACGGAGCAAUAAUAUUCAUAAGACUGAAAAAGAUGGAAAAUACAAGUUGAAAAGGAAAAGAGACACAAAAAGUACAAAAGAGAUUAAUGAAGGAGAAAGUCAAAGCAGUGCUAUUAAUAAGACGGUUACGCAUAAGAGCUGCAUAGUAUGGAAUGAUGAUCUCCAUUUCAAAUUCACGGAAGCUAUAGAACAACUUGGUGAAGGAAGAUGUUACCCGACAGAUAUUCUUAAAGUGAUGAACGUGCCCGGUCUUACCAAAAAACAAGUUUCUAGCCAUCUUCAGAAAUGGCGUAGGAAUUCGAGACCUCAGAAAGAGCGAAGAUAUAUUCAUCGAGGAUCCUCAAGUGGUUCUCAACAAAAAAAUAGCUAUAACACAUCAUUAGAAAGAAAGAAAAGAAAUAGUUGUAAAAGUUUUGGAAGAAUGCCUCGUCUUCAAACAAAUAUUCCAAAUCAAAUCCAUAAAGGCCCAGAGUUUCCACCGAUACUUAAUACCAAUAACAUUUAUGCAAGUUCAACUCAACAACAGUUUCAUCACUCACAAUUUCAGGUUCAACCCCACUACCUCAACCCAUUUUUGUCGGUCCAAAACGCUGCUGGCAGUGGGAUACAACAGCACAACCUGUUAUUUGGAAUGUUGGGUUCAGAAAACCCAAGUUUUGGGAGAACUAAUUAUAGAUCUGGUCUGGCGUUUAAUAGUGGGGAUCAUCAUAAUUACGGUAUGGAUCAUCAUACUCAAAAUGAUUGUAGCACAAUGACUCCUGAUGUAAAUGUUGGAACAAUGAUAAUAAAUGGAUUGGGUGCCACAAAUGCUAAUUUUCAGCAAUAUACUGGUGAACAAAACAUGUUUGAUCUGAAUAGUAUCAUCAGGACUUCAGAUGUGAAUGAUAUUGAAGGAAGAGAUUCAAAUGCAUUGGAAGAUUGUGAUGCGUAUUUCAAUUUCAAUAAUAUGGAUGAUCUGCUCCAAAAUCCUCAAUCUCCAAGUGCUAUCCCACCUAAUGAACAUGACAGUGACAACAACAUCGAGUAUCCAGCUUCCAAGAAUAGCAAGCUUCCUGAUGAAUAA